AUGGAGUGGAACGAUUUUCUUAGAAAUAGCUCUGACACUGAAUUAGCUCAACGACUUGGCGUCAAUGAGGUUCCCGCAGUAAGAGAAGAUUUUUCCGAUUUUGACGCUGGUGAAGACCGCCAACUUCCUCCUGCAGAUUUGGACUAUCUGCUGCAUUUUGCUGCGAAACAAUCCCUGUACCCUUACAACGCUGGUGCAAAUAACACUUGCAAGUUCAGUACCAGCAUGGUCGGAGCCAAAGUCUCUAGCUUCGCGGCAAUUCCAGCCAAAAACGUCACAGCAAUGCAGGCGGCUAUCCAGAAGUACGGCCCUAUUGCUGUAGCCAUUACCAUCAUCAAUUCUUUCCAAUAUUACACAUCCGGCGUUUACGACGAUGUGAAGUGCAGCAAUCAGAGCAUAAAUCACGCGGUUUCAACCGUCGGUUGGGGGACGCAAAAUGGAACAAACCAUUGGAUCAUCCGUAAUUCGUGGGGAACCUCCUGGGGACAAAAGGGCUACAUACUAAUGAAGCGCGGUGUCAAUCUUUGCAAUGUUGAAGAUUAUCCUUAUUACGCUAUUCCUCUAUAAGA